AUGGCGUCGUCUGUGCAUUUCAAAUUCAAGUCACAAAAGGAACCUUCAAGGGUGACCUUUGACGGUACAGGAAUAUCGGUCUUUGAACUCAAACGUGAAAUAAUCAGUCAGAAUAGGUUGGGUGACGGCACUGAUUUCGAAUUGUCGAUCUACAAUGAAGACACCGGGGAAGAGUAUGAUGAUGACACCGCUAUAAUCCCCCGAUCGACCUCUGUCAUAGCACGUCGACUACCGGCAGCACGGCCUGGCAAGGGAGGCGCCGCACGUUAUGUAUCCGGUAAAAUGCCUGUGACCGCUCGCGGUUCCACGCGCCCAGAUCUACCGUCCGCAGGCAGAGCUACAUCAGGCACUGGCCCUGCGGGUCAAAGUUCAAUACCGGGGUUAGAUAGCGCGCAAACCGAAGAUGAGAAAAUUGACGCGUUGUUCAAUCUUCAGGCCAACCAGUGGAGAGAACAACAACAAGAAAUGGCAAAUGCAACCCCAGUCGCUUUCGGAAGGGGCCGCGGCAAGCCUCUGAAUGUCCCAGAUCACCCGCCACCCCCGGGAUACCUUUGCUACCGGUGCAGAGAGAAAGGACAUUGGAUCCAGGCAUGCCCGACGAAUAAUGAUCCGAACUUUGACGGCAAAUAUCGAGUCAAGAGGUCCACUGGCAUCCCGCGAUCACUACAAACAAAGGUAGACAAGACGACGGCUAUGGCAAUGGAUGGAUCUACCGAAGAUUUGAAGAAUUCGGGUGUUAUGGUCAAUGCCGAUGGCGAUUUUGUUAUUGCCCAGCCAGAUAAGGCUGCAUGGGAGUUGUAUCAGGAAAAGGCAAAGGCAUCUGCUGCUGCCGCCGCGGAAGCUGCUGCUGCUGAGGGGAGCAAGGAACUUCAGGCUAGAGGAAUAGAAUGUCCAAUUGACAAGCGCAUGUUUUUGGAACCUACCAAGACACCUUGCUGCAAUCGAACAUAUUGCAAUGACUGUAUUACUAAUGCUCUCAUUGAAAGUGAUUUUAUUUGUCCUGGUUGUUCCACUGAAGGUGUAUUAUUGGACAAUCUAACAGUUGACGAUGAAGCAGUCGCCAAGAUCAAAGCAUUCGAAGCUGAAAAGGCCGAAGGAAAAAAGGAGAAGGAAAAACAAGAAGGCACUAAGGAAGCUCUUAAUGAACAACAAGAAGAGCCAAAAUCUAGAAGUACCUCUGUGAAGCCUGUCGACACAGCUGCCGCUGUGUCUUCGCCUGGCGUACAGAGCAUCACAAGCACGAGCCAGAGCAAGAAAAGAUUGGCAGAAGAUGAGCCCGAAAUCGAGGCUACUGCAAGACCUAACUCAUCGGCAUCUUUCAAAAAGCAGAAAGCCGACGACAGUAAGGAAUCAAAUGACGAACAAGGAGACGCGCAAACACAAAACACCACAUCCGAGAGUAAUGACAGCAACAACACGCCUAACAAUACGAUGCCAUUCCCGAUGACUCCCCAGAUGCCUUUCCCGAAUACUGCAUUUCCACAAAUUCCAGGUAUGCCACCGAUGCCUUUCGACAACAACUUCAUGGCAGGCAUGAACCCAAUGAUGAACCCAAUGAUGAUGCCUAUGGGUAAUGUCUUCCAGAAUCAAGGUUUAAAUGGAUGGAACCAGAUGAAUCAAAUGGGUGGAAAUAACUUCCCUUUCCCAGGUAACGGAAUGUUUGGGGACAAUUCAAUGAUGCAAGGAAAUAACUACGGACAAUUCAACAAUAAUUUCAACCCGAUGCAGAUGGGCCAGGGAGGUCAAUACAUGUCACAACAACAGUCCGGGUUCCAGCAGGGCGCUGGAAUGAACAAUUUUUCCAAUCAACAACGGAAUAGUUACAACUACAACAAGGCCGCUGGUAGUAGAGACGACGAUAGUCCAUACUUCCGCCAGCCUGUGAAUCCCCAGCGUCAUCAGGCCAGACAGCGCCGCAUACGUCCGAGUGAUUACCGUGAGCUUUGA